AUCUUCUCCCUUCUUCUCAGCGACGAAACGCGCCUUCUCUCUCUGUCUGUGGAAUCUAAUUCCAUUGAUAAAAUGGCUUCUUCUACACAUGAUCCAUACUAUAAAUACCCCAAACAGUCUCCUUUGUUUGCUGGGCUUCUCUCUUACGAAGUUCGAACAGGGGAAGCAGGGGAAGCAGGGGAAACAGGGGAGUCUGGAAUAGAGGACUGCGAGGGAGAUGGGUAGCCUGGGCGAAGCUGGUGAAAAGGAGAUGUUUCCGAGCCCUCCAGAUCCUGUUAUGAUCGAACUCAAUCGAUUGGAGGACCAGCUUAGAGACAAGGAGAGGGAGUUGGGACUUGCCAACUAUGAAAUCAAGGCUUUGAAAGCGACGGAACUUAUGAAAGAUAAAGCUGUAGUGGAGCUUAAUAAUGAAUUGAAGAAAGUUGAUGACAAACUCAGAGCUGCCGAGAAGCAACUAGAACAGAAGAAUCUUGAGAUCAAGAGGCUAAUCGAUGAGAAAAAAGAAGCCUUGGCUGCACUGUUUGCUGCAGAGGCAGCUUUGAGAAGAGUUCAUGCAUGUCAAAAGGAUGAGGAAUACCUUCCAGUUGAGGCUGUGAUUGCCCCACUUGAGUCUGAUAUAAAAAAGUACAAGAAUAAGAUUACGAAACUUCAAGAGGAUAAAAAGGCUCUGGAACGGCUCAUAAAGUCUAAAGAGGCGGCUUUGAUUGAAGCAAAAAAUAUAUUGUGUAUUGCUCUUGAACGGGCACUGAUAGUAGAGACUGUGCAAAACAAGAACAUUGAAUUGAGGAGGCAAAUAGAGAUAUGCCAGGAAGAAAAUAAGCUUUUGGAGAAAACAAAUCGUCAGAAGAUUGUAGAAGUGGAAAAGCUUACUCAAACUAUUCAUGAACUUGAAGAAUAUAUUCUUGCAGGCGGUGCAGCUGCUAAUGCUGUGCGUGACUAUCAGCGGCAGGUUGCUGAAUUAAAUGAAGAGAAAAAAACUCUUGAGAGAGAGCUAGCAAGAGCUAAAGUUUCAGCAAAUCGGGUGGCAACUGUGGUCGCAAAUGAGUGGAAGGAUGGCAAUGGCAAAGUCAUGCCUGUCAAGCAAUGGCUGGAAGAGCGAAGAUUUUUGCAGGGAGAGAUGCAACGGUUGCGGGAUAAGGUAGCUGUAGCAGAAAGGACUGCCAAGGCAGAAGCCCAGCUUAAGGAUAAACUAAAUUUGAGGCUGAAGACAUUGGAAGAAGGUCUAAAGCAAGCACCAAGCUUAUCAGCAAAGCAAGUUGAGAACUCCAAGAAAAAAAUUGGGUGCUCUUCAAAUGAGGAACCAGAAAAGAGACCAACAUUUCAUUCAAGGGCUUCUGUUUCUGCCUCUAGACUCUCAGUUUUACAACAGCCUAAUUCCGCAUCAGAAGAUGUUAUCACCAACAGAAAUAUCAAGCCAACAAAUAGCUUGAAAAAGAAGUUUGCUAUUGGAGAAAAUCUGGUUAGAAAGAAUUUCUGGGCUCCAAAAAGCAAAGUUUUUGAUGAUGAUGGGAAGGAUAAUGCAGAAAGAAUUGCUAACGCUAAUGGUAAUAUAAGUGAUUCUAUUGAAGGAAAUACGGAGCCUUCACAAGAAGUUAAAGCCAAAGGUUGUGGUGACAUUGAGUUGCAAAACAAGGGUGGUUCAGAAGAUGACUGUGAUGUUACUGUGCAAAGAAAAAAAGUGGUUCCACAAGAAGUUACAGUCCAAGGAGUUGGUGACAUCAAGUCAAAAAAUAAGCGUGGUUCAGAAGAUGCCUAUGAAGAUAUGGUAUCAGGUUUUCUGUAUGACAGACUGCAAAAGGAAGUCAUCAACUUAAGAAAAUCACAUGAGGAGAAGGAUCAUAUGUUGAGUGCUAAGGAUGAUGAAAUCAAUUUGCUCCAGAAAAAAGUUGAUGCAGCAGCGGCGUCUAGAGAAAAGAAGAUGAGGAGAGUAGCGGUGUCUAGAGAAAAGGAAGUGUUUGUGAAGUCAGAGGAAACUAAACCAAGAAGCAAAACCCCAAUCAUCUCAAGAAGAGCUGUGAAUCAUCUGGAAGCCUUGAAAAGCUCAAGAGCUUAAAAUUUGCUUCAAUCCUCGUCUCAUCAUUCGCAUCCAGUGAGGUGCUUAUGUACAGCUUGGGAGAACAUGAUUGUUCCUAGUUAAAGAAAUUUGUGUUUAUAGAGGGAGGUAGGGUGCAAUUAUGUAAAACCUUAAACAUGCAUAUCGUAAAUUAUAUUCACAUUAUGCAAUGAAAGCAAAUUCAGUUUUCUAUAAAUAACCUUUUGAGUUGGUGUCAAAA